AUGCAGCGUUCAGUCACGCCCCUCGACUGCACGCCCCAUCCGCUCGAGCUCGCACGUCAACUGACAUUGUAUGAGCAUGACUUAUUCAAACGAGUUCGCGCUCUAGACUUGGUGCACAAGGUCAAAUCGGGCGAAGCCGCGACGGUGGCAUCGGUGUCCGCCAUGAUUCGCCACUUCAACGCCAUGACCAGUUUUGUGGCCGCCUGUGUUCUGCAGGAGACGGAUCGCGAGCGCCGCGUGGCUUUGGUGCAGAAGAUGAUUGCCUUGGGCCAUCGCUGCUACACCUUGGGCAACCUGAAUGGGGCCAUGGAGGUGGUUGCCGGGCUAGGCCUGACGCCUGUUCGUCGCCUCACGGAGACCUGGGCCGGCGUGGACCCAGCUGCGCGAAAGGCCUUUACGGGGCUGGAGCGUCUGAUGAGUGCCGAACGCAACUUCCAUCGCUACCGCGCCCUUUUGCGCAAGCUGCGACCACCCAUGGUGCCGUACUUUGGGCUCUAUCUCCGUGAUCUGACCAUGACAUUGCACAGCAAUCAGGACACGCUGCGGUGCGGCAUGCUCAAUACGGGCAAGUUGCGAGACCUGAGUGUCUUGUUGGAGGAUAUGGAGGCGCGGCAACAGGGCAGCUACCCAUUGAUUGUGUUGCCCAAUGUACGUGCCAUGCUGCAGGGCCUGGCCCCAGUGGACGAGGAUGUGCUUUUUGAGCGGUCCUACGCGGUGCAGCCGCCUUCCCACCUACGCAAGGCGUCAUCGACAUCAUUCUUCGGCUUUCGCCUCACCGGAGACAGCGAUUCCAAUUCCUCCAACAGCCUGCGCGGGCGGCGUGCGAGCCGCCAUCGCACUCUCAGCACCAAUGUCAAGUGA